AUGGCAUGUCCAUUCCUCCAGAGCACCCUCGCGGUGCCGCCACGGCAGGUCUCGGCCGAACAAGAGUUCGCCAACAUACGCUCGCAGUACCCGUCUCUGUCAUCAACAGGCUGCACUGCGAAGUUCUGCCAGUCCGGGCGGAUGACGCACAUGGACGAGGAGCGCGUGGGCCGGAAUCAGUCAUACACCCAGGUCCGCGAGGACGCACUCGACUUUUUGCAGCAGAUGCACAGGGAUGGUCUCAUUGACACCGAGCAGCUUCACAGCCGUGCGCACGAUGUCCUUCAGGAGAUCCAGAAGAACUCGACCGAGGGCAAGUUCACCGCCGCGUCGGAGAGUGGGCCAGAGGCGGCGCCGGCCACCACGGUUGGCCUGGUGGGCGGUCUCUGGACGCAGACUUUCGAAGAGCUCGAAUUCGGCCUGCGGACAGCGUGGAAGCAUGCUCGAAAAUGCAUCAUGCGGUCCGAGUACAGCAACUUGAGAUUAUGCGACUUGAGACAUGUCCGAACAAGCAAGAAGAUGGCCGAGACUCUGAUUGAGAACCUGAGAGUGGCCUACAACUCUGGAGAAAUCAAUCCUACAGUCUUCGUCUUCCCGCCACGGGACAUCAACAGCCGCGGUCCCAUGAUCUGGAACUCGCAGCUUCUGUCGUUCGCGGGUUAUGAACAAUCCAGCGGCGAGAUCCUGGGAGACCCCGCCAACGUCGAGCUGACCAAGGCCAUCAUCGAGCUCGGCUGGACGCCGCCGCGAUUCCGCUCGCAAUGGGACCUCCUGCCCAUCGUCACCAUGGCCGAGGGCGAAGAGCCCGUCAUCACGGAGCUUCCCAAGGACGCCUUCCCGCUGGUGCAUAUCCGCCAUCCCAAGCAUCCAGAGCUCGAGACUCUUGGCCUGCGCUGGGUUCCCGCGCCGGCCCUCAGCCGUCUUGGCUUCAGUAUUGGCGGCGUGCAAUACACUGCGACGCCUUUUAUCGGAUGGUUCAUGGAUGCCGAGAUUGGUGUCCGCAACUUGGCGGAUUCGUUCCGUUACAAUGCACUCCCGCAGGUCGCUAAGGCCAUCGGUCUGGUCGACGGAAAUGUGGACGACCUACCAGACUAUGAACGUCUGGCCGUGUUGUCUCGAGCGCAGCUGGAGCUCAACUACGCCACGUAUUGGUCCUUCGCUCAGGCCGGCGUCAGGAUGUCAGACUCACUCGGCGCGGCAGAGCAGUUCGCUCAGUUCGAUGACGAGCAUCUCAUGAACAACGGCUUCCGACUCCCCUCGGAUCCGUACUGGCUCGCCCCUCCUCAGGGCUCCAUCAUCCCCCUCUGGCAUCGUGGCGGCUCUCCAAAUUAUCAACCGAAACCGUUGAUCUGCCGCCACGCUCAAGACCCGGUCAAUGCCUGGCGCCGAGAACGGCAACUCCGCUCGACACGGACUCAAAACGCCUCGGACACAAAGCUCAACAUCCUCAUCCCCGUGCCGUCCAUCUCCCUCACGAGGCCCGUUACCCCCGUAUCCCCCUUCGGGACCGCCUCGACAACCUUCCUGCCCAUCCCGCCGCCCACGCAAACGACCAGACCCUCGACGCCCCUGACGCCCCUGAGCCCUCGGGGGCCCGGGCGCAGGAUCUACAUCGGCUUCUGCAGCUCGGGGAACGUCGCCAUCAAGCUCUGCAAGAGGCUGUGCGCGCAGCUGCAGCACGCGUGCGACGUCAACCCCGAGCUGGGCUCCGUCGUCGUCCCCUGCACGCUCAACGCGCUACCCAUUUCCAUGGUCGAGCCCGACGACGUGCUCGUAAUCGUCGCCAGCACGACGGGCCGUGGCGAGGUGCCGCAGAACGGCAAGGCCUUCGCCGACGCGCUGGCCAGGAACCCCAAGGCCAUUGCGUGCCGGUACGCCAUCUUCGCCAACGGCUCGCUCGAGUACCCGGACACGUACAACCAGGCGGCCAUGGACAUUGAGGACCUGCUGAGCAGGGGGGACGCGCAACGGCUCAUCGGCAUGCGCGAGGCCGACACCGGCGCAGAGAACCCGCCCUGGUCCGUCCUCGGUCAAUUCUUCGACCAGGUCCUCGCCGCGCUGCAGACGUCGAGCCGGGAAGCGGCCGAGUGUGGUGACGUGGGCGACACGCAGCGGAACGCGCGACCGGUCAGACCUUUCGACACCAGGCCAUGGUUUCAGGCCAGUGUUGUUGGGCGGCCCGCCGAGGGGACGGCCGCCGGCGGCAUGAAGAGGGUCACACUCGACAUGGGCGAUCGCGAAUACCCGACCAUGGGAAGCGUCUGGAUCCUCCCGCCAAACUCGAACAACAAGGUGUCUCGUGUCUUGGGGGCUUUGGGUGUGGAGGCUGAUGAGCGGCUGGACAUCCCCGGAGAGCCUACCGUCGGCGACUUUCUGCAAAGGUACGCGGACUUGGAGCAGCCUUUCAAGUCUACGGCAUGGGCUGAGCAGCUGUUACUGUCACGGCUGGAGACUCUGUCCAAGGCCGCUAUCGAGGACGCGGUCCACCAGAUCCCCUCGGGCUGGAGGCGGUCGGUGACGCUGGACACCCUCUGCGGCGCCAUGCCGACGAUCCAGCCGCGAGAAUACUCCAUCGCCUCUGACGGAUCGCGGACGAAGCGCGAGGACGGGAGGAACACGCUGGACCUCCUCGUCCAGCACCACCCGGAAGGCAGGUUCUCGGACAGAUACCUCGGGUGCUUCGAGGCGUUCGGGGGCGUGACGUGCAAAAUCCGGCCGUCGUCUCACCUACGGAGCAUCGCUGAGAACUACGACAGGCCGAUGAUCAUCUUCACAACCGGAUCCGGUAUGGCGCCCGUCCGCGGCCUCCUGCAGAACCGCCUUCAGCGCCUCCGCUCCCCGAACGACGACGCCAUGCCCGCCAUCAGCCUCUUCGCGGGCUUCAAGGCCUCGGAUGAGUCCCUCGUGCGCGAGGCGGUGCAUGAGGCGGACGAGGCGGGCAUGUUUGACGUGCUGCGGCUGACGGGCAGCAACCGGGAGAAGAGGAGGGCGCAGGACGCGAUGCUCGAGGCGGGCGUGCGGGAGAAGCUGGCGCGGAGCGUCGAGGACGGCGCGCUGGUCUUUGCGUGCGCGCGGCCGAGGGCCGUUGACGAUUUCCUGGGCACUCUGAGCAAAGUGCUGGGGCGCGACGCGAGGGAGGCGCUGGGCGAUCGGUUCGUCGCUGACGUUUACCAGCCCGCGACCUGA